GCAUGCGCGCGGGGCUGCUCUGGAAAGGGCCAGAAGAGGCGGGGCUGGGUCAGGUGACGCGAGCGCCUCGAGCUGGGGCCGUUGGAGCUGUAACGGCCGGGCCCGGGCCUGAGGGAGGCGCCAUGGCUACCACCGUCAGCACCCAGCGGGGACCGGUAUAUGUUGGUGAGCUUCCUCAAGAUUUUCUUCGCAUUACUCCAACCCAGCAGCAACAGCAAAUCCAACUGGAUGCCCAAGCAGCUCAACAGCUACAGUAUGGAGGACCAAUGGGUACAGUAGGCAGACUCAGCAUUACUGUGGUACAGGCAAAAUUGGCAAAGAACUAUGGAAUGACCCGCAUGGAUCCAUACUGUCGAAUACGUCUGGGGUAUGCUGUGUAUGAAACCCCCACAGCACAUAAUGGAGCCAAGAACCCCCGCUGGAACAAAGUUAUUCAGUGCACUGUUCCCCCGGGUGUGGAUUCUUUUUACCUAGAGAUAUUUGAUGAGCGAGCCUUUUCAAUGGAUGACCGCAUUGCUUGGACGCACAUUACAAUUCCUGAGUCUCUGAAACAAGGAAAUGUGGAGGAUGAAUGGUAUAGCCUGAGUGGAAGGCAGGGUGAUGACAAAGAAGGAAUGAUUAAUCUGGUGAUGUCAUACACGUCAUUGCCAGCAGCCAUGAUGAUGCAGCCCCAGCCAGUGGUCCUGAUGCCUACUGUAUACCAGCAAGGAGUGGGAUAUGUGCCUAUAGCAGGGCUUGAGUACUUUGCUUUGGGGAUGCCUGCAGUCUGCAAUCCAGACAUGAUACCUGUGGCAAUACCACCUCCUGCAGUCAAUCCUCAGCACCUGUGUAACGAAGAGGACCUGAAGUCUAUCCAGGACAUGUUUCCCAACAUGGACAGAGAAGUUAUCCGCUCAGUGUUAGAAGCUCAGAGGGGGAACAAGAAUGCAGCUAUCAAUUCCUUGCUUCAGAUGGCUGAAGAAUCAUAAAUCCCCACUUCCUGCAUUCUCCCUGCCCUCAAUGCCACUUAUUUUUACUUGCCAAGCCAGGGAUUUAGCUAGAGGAAGAAUUUCCUAACAGUUUUCUGUUAGUGCAUCCUACGUGGAAGAUUAUACCCCCUUUCCUCCUUGGACAUUUGGAUCUUUUCACCUUCUUUCUCUACCUAUACAUACUCAGUUUAGUGUAUGCCCUACAGUACAGCAUUGAAGCAUCUUCACUAUCAGCUGUGCCCUGUGUGGCUGUAUUCUGAUGGGGGAUAGGAAGUAAUGCUGAUUUUUUUCCUUUCUCUCCCCCUUUUCAAAAACUUCUUCUUAAAAAGUAACUCUAUGCAGUACAGGAUUUACUACUGUUCGUUAGAUUGAAAAAAAAUUGCUUUUCCAUUGAAGGGUUUGCUUUUUAAAAAUAAUGAAUUUGUUAAAGUAUUUAGGUUUAAUCAAGCAACCUGUUUCUGCCAGAAAUUAAAAGAAAGGCCUUUUCCUUGUCCUGUGGUGGUUAGUUAUUGCUGUGAUACUUUCAAUUGUUUUUGAUUGAUAGAAGUUUUUUGAUUUUAAAUAAGCUAAAUGUUUAGGUUACACUGUUGCUAUUUGUAAUGACCAUCUUUUGAUAUAGUCAUCAAGCACCAAGGCAGUAUGUUAGCUGGUGUGUAUUUUGGAGCUUUAUCCUGCAAUAUAGUAUGGUCAUGUAUCUGUAAAAUCUUAACAGGUAACUUUUCAACUUAGAUGGUCUGUACUGCUGUAGCAGAGAACAGAACCCUAAUGUAUUCCCACUGCGAAUUGCGCUCUUAAGUACUACUACUUCUGCGUUCCCAUGGCUAUUCAAAAACAUGAGUGCAGAAGGAAAGAUUUUGUACCUGAGAAAUUAAUGAAGCUGUAAAGAACUACUUACAAUAUUGUCAUUUAUUUAAAAAAAAAAAAAAAAAAAAGGAAAAAUCUAUGAUCUGGCUUCUUUAUGUUUCAGCAAAGUUAUAAUCUAUUAUAUUAGGAAAAACUAUUACAUUCUAUUCAUGUAAUUUGAAAUCAGAAGCAUAAAAAAUAGCUUCAGAAUCUUUGAAUGGCAUUAUGAGUUGCCCAGUGACUUACUAAUUAUGGUUGCUGUAAUCACAGAAUGGCUGAGGUUGGAAGGGACCUCUGGAGGUCAUCUGGUCCAACCCAAUUUAUUACGAUUUGAUGCAGAUAGAAAUAAAUUCUUUGUGGGAGACAAUGUAACAUACCUGAAUUAGUCUGAUCCUCCGAGGAGGUUAGAGGUUGCUUGUAUUUAUUAUUAGUGUUAAUUCUUCAGAUAACAGUUCAUCUUGGAACUGCAGAAUGUUACAGAACUCACCAGUUACCAACUUACCAGUUGGUUAAGUUUCUGCAGUGUCUUUGUGUAGAUGGUAAAGUAAUGCACUUUAAGUAGUAUACACCAGUUUAUUUUUUCCAAUGAUGUGCAAUGUUGCUGUUUUAUCUUUUUGAUUGUUUGUGUUCAAAUACUUUCUAUGAUAGCCAUACUCUUUUAUAUUUUCAAGAGUUGGAAUGAAUGUACACUUGAAAUCCAGGCUCUUGAGUGAUUCAUGAGAACUUUAAAGCCAGGUUUGGAAUAGGGAAAAGGGAUCCUAAUUCUCUUCUUCCCACACUUUGUUGCAUGUCCCACACUUAAAAUAUUCUUUUUCAUAACUGCUGAAAAGCUGAUUUUCCCACCUACAUUUAAGAAGCCUUUUGGUAGCACUGAUGGUAGAGUAUGAAUAUUUAUUUUUUUAUGAUUAAAAAUGAUACUGAAACUUUUAAAAUAUAGUACCAAAAAUCAUCCCAGUUCCUGAUCUUUUAAAGCUGUCUUUUCAUAAAGUACAAUUAUACGUUUUGUUACAAAUCCCCUAUGGUCUUAAAUUUACCUUUGAGAGCCUAAAUGUCUAUACAUCUUCCCAUUGUAUUUCAACAAUGAGAUUCAAGGCUGAAGUUUCUUUGUGCUUUAGUAGUAGAGUCACCACAUCUUGUUUUUCUAAACUAAAACGGGUGUUCAUCAAGAAACUAGUCUUGUACGUUCCCUGCAAUCACUGUAAAUUUUGUGGUUGAAUAGGUGUGGAGGUAUUUGGUCUUUAUCUUCAUAGCACAGAGACUUGUGACAUCAUUAAUCAAGAGGGUAAAUCUUGGUAAAGAUCUAAUGCUUAGCUAUGUCCAGGAAAAGUCCCUUGCUCUAACUUACUCUGCAUGAAUUGAUAGGGAUGGAACAAUUCAGGGAAAAUGUAUAUAUUUAAAUUUUUAUAUUUAAAUGUUGGGAUCUGCUAUAACAGCUUUUUAUAAAAGUAACCAGUUGUGGUUCAACUUAAUGGCUGGUAAAUUGUACUGCAUCCUAUUACAGCUCUAUUUCAAGCAGAGAAUAAACACCUUUCAAUUCUAACAAUCAGGAGAGAUAAGUGAGAAUGUUAGCUGGACUUACUCAUGUACAAAGUUCCAGGCCUCUGAGCGAGCUAUAGCUCCUAUUCUUAGUUCUUUUUGUUGGUAUUGGUGGCUUGUUUUAUGUAAUUGUUAGGCAAAACAGGUUUGGUAUGAGUUGAAGAUUGGACAUGUAGGAGCGAUAUGGCCAGUAGAGGGAUUUCUGCAUGUUAAACUACACUUAAAUAUUCUGGGGAUUUGUCUUGAUUUAAUUGAGCAUUAUAGCUGAAAUUCUGAUUUCAAGAUGUUUUGCUCUUUAAAAAUAGAACAAAACACUGAUUGUGAGCCUACUUGGCUUUUUCACGUACAUAUCCUCUCAGUCAAACUGCUCAUUGUCAGGUGUGAAUUGGAGAGAUGAAAAAAGGCAGGGAGUAAUUGGUUUUUCUGGGGUCUGUGAAAUGAAGGCAUUGGAACCAAAAGUCUGUUUCUUGAUGUAGAUAAACUGUCACUCAUUAUGAUUGUAGCUUUUGAUGAAAUGCAAGUGGGAUAAUACUGUUUGACACUGCUUUUCUGCUCAACAGCUUCAAGCAGCUUGGAGCCAAAGCCAGAUGUAAGACUGGUGUCUGCUAAAAGUUAAUGCUUUUAGUAGUAGUUUGAGUACUGCCAAGAACCUGAACUUGCUAAAGAUAGGAACAUUUUUUGUCUAGCUAGAUCCUUGCUGCUUUCUUCUCUACUGCUGUUUGCAUCUGCUGAUGGUACUGAAUGUUUUCUCCCUUACAAAUGUUAUUGCUUGUUUGGUUGAUCUGUAAUACUGUACAGAGGAUGUUUUUUUGCUGUAAUAAUUCUGAAGACAUUGUUUCUCUCUGUAUUGAGGCCCAGUGUCCAAAUGUGUUUCUUGCACUCUAGAAUACAAUAACUUUUUCAUUCUAAUUUAAUAAAUGUAUCAUCUAAACAAAA